GGCUGGGCUGGGCCGGGCUGGGCCGGCGGCGGGCGUGGGGCUGGCGGGAGCGGCUGCCCGGCGCGGUGCCCCGGCCCGGGGUGAGCAUGGUGCCCUAGUGCUGGGGCUAUGUCGGAGGCGGCCCGGAGCCUCCUGCAGCGCUGGGGCGCCAGCUUCAGGAAAGGCACCGACUUCGACUCCUGGGGGCAGCUGGUGGAGGCGAUCGACGAGUACCAGAUAUUAGCAAGACAUCUUCAAAAAGAAGCACAGUCUCAGCACAACAGCUCAGAAUUUACAGAAGAUCAAAAGAAAACCAUAGCUAAAAUUGCAACAUGCUUGGAACUGAGAAGUGCAGCUUUACAGUCCACUCAAUCACAGGAUGAAUUUAAGCUUGAGGAUCUGAAGAAGUUGGAACCAAUCUUAAAGAAUAUCCUCACUUACAAUAAGGAGUUCCCCUUUGAUGUUCAACCUGUCCCACUCAGGAAGAUAUUAGCACCAGGAGAAGAGGAGCACUUGGAGUUUGAGGAGGAUGAUGAGGAAGGAGGAGCUGGAGCAGGGUCUCCAGACUCUUUUCCUGCUAGAGUUCCAGGAGUCAAUGAAGGUACUUUAUUACCCAGAUUGCCAUCUGAACCCGGGAUGACAUUACUCACCAUCAACAUAGAGAAAAUUGGUCUGAAAGAUGCUGGGCAGUGCAUUGAUCCUUACAUCACAGUCAGUGUAAAGGAUUUGAAUGGAAUAGACCUGACUCCUGUACAAGAUACUCCUGUGGCUUUGAGGAAAGAGGACACGUAUGUCCAUUUUAAUGUGGACAUCGAGAUUCAGAAACAUGUUGAAAAGCUAACAAAAGGUGCAGCUAUUUUCUUUGAAUUCAAACACUACAAGCCUAAGAAAAGGUUUACUAGCACCAAGUGCUUUGCUUUCAUGGAGAUGGAUGAAAUUAAACCUGGGGCAAUUGUUAUAGAACUGUACAAAAAGCCCACUGACUUUAAAAGGAAGAAAUUGCAACUGUUGACCAAGAAACCACUUUACCUUCACCUCCAUCAAACAUUGCACAAGGAAUGACCCUAUUUGUGAGACUUCUGUGAACUGAACCACAAGUCAUGGUAGCUGUGUGUAGUAGCCUUAGGCUUCGAAGGGCAGGAAAAUGACUGUACUCAUGCCAGUAGGUCAAACGGGACCAUCACAUACUGCACAGCACUACUUCAGGGUCAGAGGCAAACCUACCACCCAAGUGCAAAGUUUUUCAGUACCUUCCAGAUGCAGGUUUUUCUGAGAGCCCUGAAAUAUUUUUGACUGCUUUUCCCAGUUUUGCUGUUCGUCACCUUUAUCUUAACCAUUAUUAUCCUUUUGCCUCAAACUCCACCAUAGGUCGGAGACUGCCCUUUUGCCAGACCUGUAGCAAUAAAGAUGUGGCAGGCCUACUAACCUGUUUACACUUGCUGUGCUAUUGUAGUUCCUCUCAUCUGCAUUUCAGAGUCCUGGGUAGCAGGCUGGGUGGCAGGAGAGCAGGAGAGAGAGAAGGUGGGGAGGGAAGAGCUUGAGCUGCUGGAAGUGACGGUGAGGUGAGUGGGAGGAGGAUGGGUCAAGUGAGGUGGCCGCAGAAGAGCUCCUCGGCCGGCUGGUGUGCUUUGCUUGGGCCAGGAAGAGGACGACUGCAGAUGAGAAAACUGAGCUAUGAUUUGAACAGCUGAAUCCUAGUUCUUAGCCUUGCCUGAUCCACUCUUCCCAAGUUUUGGACGCACUACGUAUCGCAGUCCUUUAAAUCGCAGUUAUUCCCUAGAGCCGAUUUUUCUAUAUCUUGUCACAGAAUGAUUUGUGAAGAUGGGUGGGGAAGGAGAAAGGCUUUCUUCGAGGCUUCAUCCUCACAGCAGUGGGUAUUUCUCCGUUCCAGAGGUAGCAGGAUGGGCCCCUCAGUGUUCAACAGUCAAUUUUCCAGAGCUUUUGUUGAAGUAGAUCUGGCUAGCGGGUUGGAACCCCACUCCCCCCCUUUUACAAGAAACUGCUGUUCUUAUGGAAACUGAUUGUAUGCAGUUUUCUGCAUAUGCUGUGCGAGUCUGGAAACUUACUCCAAAAAUCACCUUUUUAUGUAAGUAGAUAGGAUUAUCAUUUAUUUUCUAUAUUUUUUGAUGCAGUGUGUGAUUAAGCUGCAGGACAUUGGCUUAUUAUGACACACUUGCAUUCACCUUUUGACCUAAUAAAUGGACAGAAGUAGGCCCCAGUCAAAUCUUUCAUAUAUUUAAUACAAUACUUUAAUGUUUGAUAUACUUCUUACGUACCUAACUAGUGCCUAACUACUCUGCUAUGCUAACAGAAGACCCAGCUCCCCAGCUGGUGCCAAACACGAGGUUUAUUUCAGGCAGUCUGGAUGCAGGUGUCUCACCAGUUCUUUUUCUCUGUCCUGUAGCCCCGAGAUGUUGUGGUAUGCUUUACAGGGACAGGAUGUUACUUUUCCUUGUCUGUGUAGACAGCUCUUCAACAUAUUAUGAGGAUAAGAAGCUAUUUUUGAAUGUGCUGAUUUCUUUUUUCCUCACCUUCCUUCCAUUCUGGCUUAGGUAGGGAUAAAUUUUCCUAACUUCUCACUGAGUAACUGAUCGGCUAUUAUUACAAAAGCCAGCAGCGCUUCUUCAAGUACUACCAGUAGUUGGAGGUGGUUGUUUUUCUCUUAAAGGAAGAAAAAGUGCAAUUGAAUUUUCCUGUUUACGGGUCUUCACAAUGCCCCAGUGGUGUUACGCCGUGAUAACAUCUGGAUAUCAAGCCCUGGAAAAGAUCUCCCUGUGAGUUGCAGAAUACCUCUGAAUGAAGCAUUCUAAAUACCACACAAAAGGAGGAUGCCUAAGUUUUCUUUUCUUUUUUAAAUCCUUCAAAUUCUGCUAAAGGAUAGAGCAGAGGCAUUAGUUAGCUUCUAUGGCUGCAAAUAAAUCUGGGUUAGGGCAAUAGCUGGGUUAAUUGCCAACUCUCCUUGGCUGGCUCAGGUCUCUUUCUGAUUAGGAAAUGAGAGUGCCAAGCCUUCGAGUCUCACGCUGCAGGCCCCAGCUCUGGCUCUGUCCCUGCCAUCCUCUUGCUUCUUCUGGCGCCAUUCAAUGCCCAGUGAAAGCACUGAAGUAAGUUAUAUGUGAUUGCCUGUGACUGACAGCACGGCCUCCUGGUGCUCCCAGAGGAUGAUUCCUUCCGGCUUUGUCUUAACUCACUGGGUGAGGAAGGGAAGAGACAUUAAGCAUCACAAAGCUUGGUGUUGGGAAGAUCCUGACUCUUACAUAUUGCUCACAUGUAUGUAAUUACCCGCUAUUCAAAUUGAAUGUUCUCACUUAACGUUUCAAACCCAUUGUUUCAGCUGCUUACCUUGACUCCUCUCCAGCUUGUACGUGUCUGUAUUAACUCCAGUUAUAGGAAAUGUCAACUUUGAAGUGUUUUUGUUAAAUACACAAGUAGAGCUUUGUAUUUAACUAAUUGUGAAUUAAUGGCUGUAGAGUGUGAGAUGCCAUUUUUGAAGUUGCUUUUUUUCCUCCUGUGAACUGUCUUUCAUGGAAAGGACUACUACCCCUCACACCACGAGCUCCUACUUGUAUUAUUUUAUGCGUUAGUGAUGUUCUACCUAUCUUGUCCUUCAUCUUAAACCUGAAGCUUAUUACUUGUACUGUAAGACUGUGUAACACCUACAUGGCAAGUUUAAUGGCUGCUUGUACUCUGGCAGUAAAGCUGUAAUGGCCUUCAUUAGA